CAUGAAUGACAGUCUUGUAGGGUUUAAAACAAUUAUUAAAAUAAUAAAAAUGAAUUAUUUUAUAUAAAAUUUUAGUUUUAAGAUAAUACAGCCUUUCUCUUUCCACCUCACAUCAGAACUUGUUUAGUACUGAAUUGUUUGUAGUUUUGAUUACAAACUCGUAAAUAAACUCGAAUUUUGGAAAAUAACUGUUUCUGAGAUGGCAACUAUAGUAUAUUUGAACAUGGCGAUGUUGCACAGGUCCAAUUUUGACGACUACAGCUGAUAACGUUGUGUGCAGUUUUUCUUGGCCUUAUGACAGGGUAAUGAAUCAGAGAUUCUUUAGCAGAAAUAAAGAGCCGAGGAGAGAAAAACUCAUCCGAACAAGACGUGACGACGAUGAACGUGUGCAUGGAGAUGAACCUCCCACUCGGCGUAGCUCUUCCGAACGACCAAAUUCAGCACAUGCCUCUUCAUAUUCGAGAUAUAAAGACAAUUUUGUGGAAAAACCCCGCUCAACUAGUAGGGAUAGUCAAGGCAGUCUCGUAUUUCGUCGACAGGAACGAGGUAAACUGCAGUCGAACUUUUCAAAGAGUUCCAGUGGAGAAAUUUCGCCUUGCCGUGUAUCACACGCCGAUACAAUGAGGAAUGAAUCAGCUGGACGAUUAAGCUACAGUUCUCAUUACAACAGAGCAACCAACUCCCGCGAAAGAGAUUUCGCAUCCAAGCGUUCAGGUCAUCUUGAUAACUGUCAUGUCAUUGACGAAAACAGACUUAAAACCAUUCUUCAUCGUUUAUUAAGGGAUGAAGAUCGAGAAAGACAAGCCACUUUGAUUCGGCAAUUAAGGAUGAUAUUUGAACAUUCUGAAAAUUAUAAGAUUAUCCAAGCUAAUAGAGAAGAGAUUAUUUCAACAUUUGAGGAUUUUAUUCAACUUGGUUUAAAUUCAGAGCUUAAGCAAGAAUUCGUUUCUGCUGUUGGAACCUUAGGUGCUAUUUUAGGUCUUAAAGCAAAAAGCUUGCUUGACUGGGAGUUUGCUGUUAUUAGUAUGUCCAAAAGCGAUGACAUAAGGAUUUUAAUUUUAAAGACAGUUCUAGAAAUGUUAAAAAUUGAUGCAGAAAAAAGAAAUCUAGCUGAACAUGUGCCGUUUGUAAUGGCAAGACUGCAGUCUGCAUUAGAGGUAGCUGAUGUACCUGAAUUGUUAAUUGCAAUUGUGAAUGUGAUAUUUGAAAUUUCAAAUGGAUAUCCUACCGUGUUUUCAAAGCAUUUUAGUGAUACUGUGGAUAUUCUUAUUGGUUGGCAUAUUGAUGCUACACAGCAGCAAUCUGUAAUUGAGUUUACAUCAAAUACAUUAAUUGGCUUCCAGCAGUUUUGGAUAUCAGAUAUAAAUUUUACUGCUACUCUCUUAGGUCAGUUUUUAGAAGAUAUGGAAUCUUAUGCUGAGGGUUUGCCCAAGAUUAAACCACAACCUAAAAAGUCUGUUAUGUUUCUUAAGGAAUUGGCUCAAUCAAAACUAAAUUCUUCAGGAAGUGUAGAAAGCCAACUUUGUUCUCCUGAAGAAAAUGUAGCUAAAAUAAAAAGUUUGAUUAGGGUUUUAAUUACUGUGUUAAAAAGUAUUGAAGAUUUAAUAGUACCUGAUGAAAGUGGCCCUAUAUCAUGGGGAUUUGUUGUACAGAUGCUAAAAAGUUUUUUAAAGUAUAUUAAAAUAACCAUGGAAUAUCAUUACUACUGCGAUUUAAUGACUUCAGCUAAUGAAUGCCUAGAUUUGCUUUUAAAAUUGGCCCAGUUACAUUCCAAAGAUGCUCUUGAUGAACUGAUGUCUUUUGUUGAUUUACUGCAAGAAAAGAAAUCCAAUCCCCUUAGUGAAUCUCAUCUUGUAUCUAUUCUUCGAAUGAUGAUACGUUUUGUAAAAACUGUUGGAACUUAUCUUCCUGUGAAGUUUGUUACAAAAUUAUUUUCUCCAACCUCACUAUCACGGCAGCUUCGCCUCUCCCCAUCAUCAAAGAUUCAGAAACUUCUUAUUGAACUCUAUCAUAUUGUCCUAGCUGUGAAAAAUGUCCAAAUUGUUGAAGAAUUUUACAAAUGUAUAAUGAAUGAUAUAGUGGAUGCUCAUAAUGCAUUGUUAAAAUCAUCUGAGGAAAACUCCAUAUGCUCCUAUUACAGCGAAGUUUCUCUUCUACUGAGUAUAUGUGCACUGGUAGAAAUAGGGAAUAUAAAACAUUCAUUAAUAAGAAUGUUUGCCUUGAAACCCAGUUUCUUUGACUUAAUGAUAAUUCAGCUGAAGCCAACUUCUCCAGAGUUAGCUAAACGAUUUCCUGCAUUGCAGUCAGCUAUUUUAUAUACUUUAUAUUCUCAUUGUCAAAGGCACUCUCACUUCGUGAAUAGUAGUGCUCUUGUAAAUCCAAAUGCUGCAUCAGGAUCUCCGGUAUCUACAUCUGGAAACACUUCGCCUAUUAUGACUGAUGUUCCACCAACUUCUCCCAGCAGUGGCAAUUUAGAAAAAGUUAUUAAGCUUUUAAUAGACCUUCUUGAUGGACCUCAUAAUUCAUAUGACAGCAGACUUCUUGCUGCAAAAUGGUCUGUGGAAAUAUUAGAGAAUGUACAGCGACAUCUUGUUCGUUUAAUUUUGAACACAUGUUUUGAAGAUCUCUUAAAUGCUACCUUAAAUGCAGGCUUUUCAUAUGAUCCUAGUGUUUGUAAAAUUGCUUGUAAGGGUCUUCAUAUCUUCCUAAAGUCAACUUCAUCAGUGCUUCCAGAAACUACUCUGCAAAGGUGUUAUGACUUAUGUAUAUUAAAGUUAAGUAGUCAUGAUAUUGAGGUACAGGAACAGUUUGCCUAUCUUCUGUCUCUCCUGCCUUUGGAUAUAGUUCUAAUGGGUAGUACAGCUAAUGUUUUCAAAGGUGGAAGUACUCAUAGUGCAGCUAAAGAUGUGGAUUCUUCAUUGAAGUUGUAUAUGUCUGUCCAUGAUGUAUGGUCUGUAUAUAGAGGUUACAUGGGACGGUCAUGUCCUGGCAACUUCUUUAGCCAUCAUUUUCGUACAAUCACAAAUUAUGUUUUGCAAGGAAAAGAACCACAUGAAAAGAAAUGGUUGCUUAAGUUGUUUCAUAGCUGUCCUCCUCCUGAGCGUCAUAGCAGAAUUGAUUUUUUAAUGAGUUAUCUAGCGAAUAAUUCGUUAGCAGUUCUGUGGUUUUGGGCUGUAUGGGAAGUAGCACAAUCAUGUGUUAUUUCAAAAUUGCGUACACCAUUAGGAAAACCCCAGGAAACAUUUAUGGCUAUAGAAGGGGCUUUAAAAAGUGCUGCCAAGUUUUCUAAGAAUAAAGAGGAUAAUUUUUCUAGUGAAUCAAAACAUUUGACUCUUCUGAGAGUUAAUUUAUUGCUUUCUCUUAUGGAGCAUUUAGAAAAGCUAAUGUAUAAUGCUUAUGAAGGUUGUGCAGCUGCUUUGCCAUCACCUCCAAAAAAUGUUCGAACAUUUUUUAGGACUAACAAAUCAACUUGCCAUGAAUGGCUUAGUCGUAUUAGAUCUACAGCAGUAGUAGUUGCUGUGAAUGCAGGAAAUCCUGCUGCUGCUGUCCGCCAUGGAUUUGAACUGCUCCAAGAAAUAAAGAAUAGUGGAAAUUCGCAGGUACCAGAAUUUGAAAAUACUCUGUAUGCUGUUGUUAAAGCUCUUAUUCAAAUGCAUUGUCCUGAAGCAGUUUUGGGCUUAUAUGUAUGGUGCAAGGAAUCAUUUAACCGUAAAUUAACGUGGAUUAAAGCUUCGGUUGACUGUGCUGCAGGAAGAUUAGUGCCUAUGAAAUUUGUGAACUCGGGGCUCACUUUUUGUGAGUACGUUUGUUGCUAUCCUGAGGUACCCGAGGGAAGUAGAGAUAGAAACCUCCAAGGCAGACAAAUUGAGCAAAUGAUUGAAGACCAUUGCCUUUGUCUUCUUGAUAAUGGACAGAACAUCUACUUCCAUGAAUCUACAAGGACAUUUCACGCUUUAGAUCUGGCUCUCUGUUCACCAUCUCUCCUGCCCUUUUGUACAUUUAGUGUUGGAAAUUACCUUUAUGAUGGUGAUCUUUUUUCCCAUUUUGGUUCACUAUAUGUUGAUGACUUGCAGAUAAGUUGUCAAGGUGUAGAUAUGAGAUACGUGGAGAGACAGCUGCAGAUCGCUUUGAAUAGGAUUCAAAAGUGGUCAAAUGGAGAGGGCUUUAUAUUUUCAAAAGAGAAGACUAGAUUGCUUGUAUGUGGCAGAUUAGAUUGUGGCUCAAUUGCAUAUGGAUCUGCUCAACCUUCUGUUUUAGUGAAACUUAAUCCCCAUACAUCAUCAGGCUCUGAGGAUCAGUUUGAAAAUGCUGCUCAUGAAUAUUUAUGCAUUCUGCAAUCCUUGUCAGAAAAAAACAAGCUAAAUAUGAGUGAAAGUGGCAUUAAUAAACCUCAAGUAGAUAUAUAUUUGCAUUCAUUUUUGAUCAAUCAGGUUAUAGAUUGCUAUAUGAAUUUGGGAAACUGGUCAGAUGCAGCAAAAUGGGCAGAGUUUCUUGAAAAAGUGAAAUUUAAUCAGAAUGGACUCAGUGUCAGUAUACCUUGGAGCUGCAAUAAUGUAACUUAUUUGAGGUGUUUAACAUCUUUUGAUGAAGUGUCAUCAAUCGGAACUAAGAAAGAUUUGGCUGCAUAUUUUCAUGACUUAUCUGUUAUAUCAGAAUCAAAUGCAAAUUCAUCUUGGACUAUGGAGGAACAAUUUGCUAAAACCCAGCAACUUUUGAUGUCAGUUGCUCUUGAACAUGAAAAUAGCAAUAAAUCAUCUGUACAGUUGAAAAAAUUAACUGAUGAAAUAAAUGAAGCAAAAGAUGAAGUUUUGAAAUUGAUAAAGUUAUCAGCAUUAACUUGGCCUCCUUGUAUUGAACCAAAGCAUGCUGCACUUUUUAUAUCUGCAUCCACUUUGCAAUUUUCAAAGAAGACAAAUUCAACCUUUUUACGAGACAAUAUAAAGCUUGAUGCAUCAGACUGCUAUAGUUCUACUUUAGGCUUUCUCCUAACUUGGGAAAAUAUUUGGCAUCAUCUCAAUUCAGCUUCACCAACAGCAAAACUGCAAGGUGGCUUCUUUGACCUGCUAAUGAUUACUGCAAGACUUGCUCGAAAGCAGCAAAAUUAUAAAAUGUGUUCUAAGCUUAUAACAAAAGCUGCAAGCUAUGUUUGUAAAACUGCUCAAAAUUCUGAUUUGAUUGAUUCGCCGUUAUCUGGUGAUGAUGAUGAUGCAAAAGAUGUAAAUUUUUUGAAGAAAAUGUUGAGAAGUACUUUUAGCGGGAAUCCUAGUGAAAAACUUUUGAAAAUGCAAAGGGAAGGUGCCAAAUUACUCCACUGCCUUGGAGAGAAUGAUUGUUCGCAUGAACUUCUUUUACACAGUGUCACUGUUAUUUCAAAUUAUCUUAAAGAUUCAAAUAACCAGCUUUCAAGUGUCACCAUUGAUCAACUCUCUGAAUUGAAUUCACGAUCUAUGCUUAAUUUGGUAAAAUAUGUACAGCAAGAUACAAAAUCUCUGAAUAGCUCUUCUCAUGACAACAGCUGGCUGCUGCUAUUAUACAAUAGUAUAAAUGAUCUCAAGUGCUCUGGAGAGAUUUCUGGCAUACCAAAGAAUUUCAUAAUUGAUCUGCCACAAGAAAAUGUUGUCAGUGACUUAGAUUACCUUAUUGGGCAGCUAUUGCAGCUGAGUAUUUACCAGUGUCCUUCCCUUGCAAAAUCUUGGUGCAAUUUUGCUUCGUGGUGCUAUGGAUGGGGUAGGAAAGUUGUAAACACAUCCUCGAAUGGUUCUGUAUUUAUAUAUCCUGAAGAAGAAGCCAAAAUAAUAUCUCUGAUGCCUAAUGCUUUGAAGGAAGACAUUGAUAUUUUACUGGGCAUUAUCACUAGUUUAAACAGUUCUUCAGGCGGUGAAUGGGAUAAUCAAGAAAUGGAUUAUACUGAAAAUGGUGCUGAAGAAAUAAGAUGGCAGAUUUUAACAACUUGCCCAUUUCUUUUGAAAGUUGAAGAUAGUGAAACAGUUAUUGAGAACAUAAUAGAUAUUUGGAAAGGCCUUGUGACUCGAGCUUAUUCAUACUAUCGUUUAGCUGCUAUGUCUUACUUGCAGUAUUUGCAGUUGAAUGGAAAGAGUCCAAAUGAAGAAAAGUCUGAUGAUGAUAAUGUAACAGCAACACUUCGUUUACUGAGAUUAGUUGUGAAACAUGCAUCUGAAUUGAGAGAUGUUUUGGAAGAUGGUUUAGCAGAAACACCCACAGCUCCUUGGAGAGGAAUAAUUCCACAGCUUUUCUCACGUUUGAAUCAUCCGGAACCUUAUGUUAGGCAAAGCAUUUCUGAUCUGUUAUGCAGAGUAGCACAAGCUGCUCCACAUUUGAUUGUUUUCCCAGCUGUUGUUGGUUCUCUGACACUGAAAGUUGGACCGCAACUUCAAGAAGAAGCUGCUGGUUUAUUUGGUGCAUAUUUUUCUGACAGUAUUGAAGACAAUCCUACAUCACAAGCAGAUGGUAGUCAAGUCUCUGAUAGAGAUGAAUUGCAGCAGCCAGUUGUCAUGUUAUCAGAUGAUGAAGAUUCUGAGGAAGACCGACAGAAAACUGCUGUAAUGCAGAAUUGUUUUCAUGCUCUUGUCGAAACUCUUGGCAGCCAAGAUGAGCGAACCAUUUCAGAAGCUAAAAAUCUGAUCCAUGAACUUCAUAGAAUAACUUUAUUAUGGGAUGAAUUGUGGUUAGGGACAUUGAAUAUGCAUCAAAGCGAAGUUAACAGGCGGUUCUCAAAUUUAGAGAAAGAAAUCUGUAAAGUCAUGAAUAAUACAUAUUUAAGCAAAGAGGAAAAGAAGGAAAUAGUUAAAGAAAAGCAUAAUGUCUAUGUUAAGCCUACAUUAUUUCUGUUGGAACAACUGCAGAAAAUAACCACUCAGCCUCCAGAAACACCUCAUGAACAGUGGUUUCAGAAAACAUUUGAGAAACCAAUAGAAAAUGCACUGAAUAAGUUAAGAAAUCCUAGUGAUCCAUCAAGGCCUCAAGAAAGUUGGUCUGUUUUUAAACAGCUUUAUCAGUUGCUUCAACAAAAAGUGCAGCAGCAGUCACGUUCUCAUCUGAGCAUGGAUCAGAUUAGUCCUGUAUUAGCAUCUUUGAAAUCUACAGUGAUUCCUAUGCCUGGGAUUAAUAAAGCAAGUGGUGUUAUUACUGUGCAGUCUGUUCAUAAUAUUGUGUCUAUUUUGCCUACAAAAACAAAACCUAAGAAAUUAGCAUUCAUUGGGUCAGAUGGUCAAAGGUAUACUUAUCUCUUCAAAGGUUUGGAAGAUUUGCAUUUGGAUGAAAGGAUAAUGCAGUUUCUUUCUAUUGUAAACAACAUGUUUUCUAGGAGCAAAAGACAUGGAAAAGAAGUGUAUUAUGCUCGACAUUAUUCUGUGACGCCACUUGGACCUCGUUCAGGUCUCAUUCAGUGGGUUGAUGGUGCAACACCACUCUUUGGCCUCUACAAAAGGUGGCAACAAAGGGAAGCAAAUUCUGCAGCUGUUAAAGGACAGAAUUCUAGUGGAAAUGUGGGUGUUGUUCUCCGUCCUUCUGAAAUUUAUUACAAUAAACUGACUCCACUUUUGAAAGAAAAAAAUUUAAAUUGUUUGGAUAAUCGCAAAGAGUGGCCUUUGUCAGUGUUACUGGAAGUUCUAAAUCAACUUAUGGAGGAAACUCCAAAUAAUUUACUUGCAAAAGAACUUUGGUGCUCCUGCAGCAGUGCUCUUGAAUGGUGGAAUGUUACUCAAACUUAUAAUCAUUCUACAGCUGUGAUGUCUAUCAUAGGCUAUAUAAUUGGUUUAGGUGAUCGUCAUUUAGACAAUGUUCUUGUGGAUCUUUCUACAGGAGAGGUAGUUCACAUUGAUUAUAAUGUUUGCUUUGAAAAAGGAAAAAAUCUUAGAGUUCCUGAAAAAGUUCCUUUUAGAAUGACACCAAAUAUUAGGACAGCUUUAGGUCUUACUGGAGUUGAAGGAGUAUUCAGAACAUCUUGUGAGCAUGUACUAAAAGUCUUGAGAAGAGGCCGUGAAACACUGCUGACUUUGCUUGAAGCAUUUGUGUAUGAUCCUUUAGUUGAUUGGACACCUGGCAGUGAAGGAGGUUACACAGGUGCUGUUUAUGGAGGAAGACAAGCAUGGGCCAUUGAAGCUAAGCAGACACGUCAAAGCAUGGAAAUGGAUAUUGCAUUAUCUAUGUUUGCUAUUCGUGUUGCAGAAAUGAAAGGGGAAUGGCUGAAAAAUAGGGAUGAGCUGCUCUCAGCAUUUCCAAAGCUAGAAAAUUUUCUUCAGGACUGGAAAAAGGCUCAGCAUCAACUUCAGAUUGCUGAAACUGAACUUCAGGAUGCUUGCCAAGAAAAGGCUCUUUUAGAAGAAGCUUUAGCUAAUCCAAAUCAUAGUUUAUAUACAGUUCCAAAAAGGUAUGAAGAAACUACAGUUGUCAAAAAUACAGUGAUGACCACUAAAGAAGCUGUGAGUGAGAAGCUAGCUGAGUGCAAAAAAUGGCAUACUGUCCAUUGUGAAUCUUUGUCUACUGUAUGUGGAGCAGAACUUGCUAAAUGGUGUGCAGAUGUAUCGAGUGAUCAGAGCAUGGAUACUUUGUCUGUAGCACCUGUAGUAGAGUUUCUGCAGUCAGCUGGCCAAGGUCAGCUUGUUCAGCAAUGUGAACAUGCUGAGAGUGAACUUGCUAAUGCUGUUCAGCAGCAUAGAUUGACUAUGAGGAACUGCAUUGAACUUCUCACAACUUACGCUGCUAUUGUUUUACAGUUUGGACCUACCUAUAGAGAGCAAAAUAGAUGUUUUAGAUGGCAGCAGUGGCUAGAGAAUUUGCUUUCUGAUUUUACAUCUUUGAAGUGCAUUGAAAUAAUAUCUGAUUUUCGUAACCUCUAUGGUAGAGAAAGUCCUGAUGCAAUUCAGUCUGCUAUUUCUCUGAAUGUUCAAUUUCAGACAGUGAUAUCAGAAAUUAAUACUAAAGUUGUUCAA